AUGGAAUUCGAACCCUCAGAAGUUCCUCUGCAACCCCUCUCCACUACAAGGCACAAGUGUUCUGCUUGUUUCAAGCAGUAUAAGAAGAAGGAACAUCUCAUUGAACAUAUAAAGACCUCUUAUCAUUCAGUUCAUGACCCUAAAUGUGGUGUUUGUAACAAGCAUUGCAAAUCGUUUGAAUCACUAAGGGAGCACGUUGCUGGUCCAUUGUCCAAAGUGAAAUGUUCAAGCAUCUUUGCGGAAAGAGGCUGCAUUUUGUGUCUGAAAAUCUGCAGCAGCGUGGACUCUCUCAACGAGCAUGAGGAAAUGUGUCAUCUAGCCACUCCUCGACCCAUUGAUACAGUAGAGAUGCUUUAUUCAGAAGACGAAGUGGAUAUAAGUAAUGGAAUUAGCAGCAUAAGAAAUCGGGAAGCAGUUGCCAUAGAUUGUGAAAUGGUUGGUGGGGGAAGUGAUUGCUCUCUAGACCUUUGUGCAAGGGUAUGCCUAGUUGACGAAGAUGAGAAGCUUAUUUUUCACACUUUUGUUCUACCUCAGAUUCCUGUGACUGAUUAUAGGUAUGAAAUUACUGGUAUAACGGAGGUAAAUCUACGAGAUGCCAUGCCUCUGAAUGAAGUCCGGGAGAGAAUUCUCCAGAUUCUUCACAAUGGAGAGUCAAUUAGUAGAGUAAGAUUGGAUGGUGGAAGAGCAAAAGUACUUGUUGGCCAUAACCUUGAGAAACACCUGGAUUGCUUGAGAAUGAAUUAUCCUGAUCAUCUUUGGAGAGAUACUGCAACAUAUCGCCCCCUGAUGAAGACCAAUUUCGUCAGCCACUCUCUGAAAUACCUAACCAAGACUUAUCUAGGAUAUGAUAUUCAAGUUGGUUUCCAUGAUCCUUACCAAGAUUCAGUGUCCGUCAUGCGGUUGUACGAGAGGAUCCGCUCACAAGACCACCCAAUGGAAGUGACUAUUAGGGUAUCAAAUUCACCAGCUCUAAGCUUUAGCAGUAGCUCUGAUCCAUGGAAAUCCAUGGCACACGAGAACAUGACGCCUAAUGAGCUCUUAGAGAUAUCAAGAUCCAACUAUAAGUGUUGGUGUCUAGAUUCACGGGAUGCAGCGCGCGUCGAGGUGAGUGAUGGCGAUGCUCUUGCCUGA